UAACUCCAAAAAUUCUCGUAUUGAAAAACCAAAACACAAGUGGGAAAAAUUUUGGCAAGAACGCACACUGGUCCGCAUCGAAAGCGAGAUAUUCAAGAAAGGAAUUCCGAUUCCGCACACAUUUUUAACACUCGAAGAACUACUAGCGCCGUGUAAGCAAUCUCGCGCACGAAAAACAAUUCAGCGACCACAAAACGAUUACGUGAUUUAUCGGAAGGAAGUGUCUGCUGAACUUUCAAUCAAUUAUCCGAAUACUCAUUUUCAAGAUGUGUCGAGAAUUGCAUCACAGCGAUGGAACAGCGAAGCACAAGAGAAGCGGAAUUUUUUCACAAUUUUGGCGUUCGUGGGAAAUCUUAUUCAUGCGGACGUGUUUCCCGAUUAUCACAAUAGUGAAGUUGAAAUUCCUUCAAGUGCUAAUUCCGACGAAAAAUUAGUAAACAAUUGUAAUAAUAAACACAAAAUUAAAAGACAAACUAUUUUGGAUUUCAGAGAUCCAAUUGUAUCAGAUCCUCGCGCAUUCACUCAUCAACAACAUCAACAUCAACAUCGUGAGCCAAAGCAAGAGAAAAAUGAAGAGCACGAAAUUCACUCUUCAAAAUCAUCGUCGUCUUCGCCGUCUUCGCCAACUCGUGCAUCAGCUUUUCGUUUGGUAAAACAGAAAUCAUCAUCAUCGGAUUUAUUACGCUGUGCGUCGUCAUCGUCCCUAAGAAAACCACCUCAUUCAUUUACACCUUAUCCAAUCGUGCGAAAAAUACCAAUAAAAGUCAUUUCUUCGUGUUCUUCCUCCUCAAAUGAUAUUAAAUCAUCCAAUGAAACCACUGUCACUAGUAGUACACCCAGUUCAGCUAGCACGGCUCCGUCAUCACCUAUGAGUAUUGAUGAUACUAACCCUCUUCACACAUUGGCGGAUAUUGCAUUAGCAACAGAUAUAUAA